AUGACAGAAAUAAAAAAGUUACAAGAUUUAAAUAAAUUUUUAAUUCAGUGCACGGGGAAGAAUAGGUAUAAUGUUUUAUUAGAUUCUAAUGAAGAAGAAAUAAAUACUAAUAAUCUAAUAAACAAAAUAAGAGAUAAAACUGGAUUAAUGGUAGUAUGUAAAUAUGGAGAAAUAGUAUUUGGAUGUUACAAUUCAAAUAUGCUUUCUGAAAAAGGUCAAACACUUUAUGUAGAUAAAGACAAGAAACACUUUGUAUUUAUUUUUAAUACAACUAUAAACAAAGGUGAAAAGUAUCAAAAAAUUGAUUACCAGAAUCAAAGCCUUAUUAUUAAAAUUAUUCCUAAAGCAGGUAAAUCAAAUUCUAGUCAAAAUUAUUUAUUGGAGUGUUAUGGUGCUUUUAUUCUAGAAAGUGAGUCAAGUGCAAAAAGGAGCCAAAUUGAUUAUUCAUUUCCUGGUAAUUAUGAUGUUAAAAAAGGAGUUAGUGCUGAUAUUUUCAUUGGUCAAAAAUUUUUUAUAUAUGAUAGUUUAACGAUAUUAGAGUGGUUGUAA